CCCCCAGCGUCACAGCCAGCGACGCGCCGCCGAUCGUGGGCACCUGCCCGGACAUGUGCCCAGCGACGGAGAGGGCGCAGAGGGAGCGGCUGCGGGACCUGGCGGUGUUCGAGAGGGUGGGGGGCGACCCCCGCAGCACGGCCCCUUCCCUCGCGGUCAAGAAGUUUUGCAGAACUAUCUCCUCUACCACUGUACAGGCAUCAGACAUACGCCCUCUUUCAGUCUUACGAGAAACGAUGGAUUAUCUUUUGGAUUUACUGAAUUCUUCAGAGUACCCAUUCGAUGUAGUUCAUGAUUUCAUAUUUGAUAGAACAAGGUCGGUGAGACAAGACCUUAGUAUACAGAACUUGGUGAACGAGCAAGCAAUUCACAUAUAUGAGGAUGUGAUAAAGUUCCAUAUUCUAUCCCAUCAAAGACUUGCUAGGUCUUGCAAGGAUUCUGAUGCAUCUUCCCUGUGUUACCUGAACACGGAACAACUGAUGAAAUGUCUUCUUUCUCUGUUUGAUAUGUAUCAUAUAGUUCAUAAAAAUGAUUCCCACAACACUAGAAAGGCUGAGUAUUAUUCCUUCUUUGUGCUUCUACAUUUGGGCUGCAAGAUACCCAGAAUGGCGGACUCUCUCUCUUUGUGGUACAGCCAGUUGCCAGCUUCAGUGGUACGAUCAAAGGAAAUGAUAUUUGCUAGAACUAUAUUGAGAUGCUACCACCUAGGAAACUUCAAGCGUUUCUUUUGCAUGAUUGCAGCUGAUGCAAGCGACCUUCAGAUGUGUUUGGUAGAACCUUUUCUCAAUGAGGUCCGUGCCAGAGCAUUAAUGUACUUCAAUCACAGCGGCUACAAACCUCAACACCAUCCUUUGACACAUCUGUCAGAAAUCCUAAUGAUCGAGGAGUUGGAGCUGGAGAAUCUUUGUAGCAUAUGUGGGCUUCAAAUUAGCGGAAGCGGGGACACUAAAUCAUUCGCUCCUAAACAAACAAGCUUCAGCCUACCAUCAUCCAUAUCUCACAGUAGUGGCCUUCACAUCUCGAGGGAGAUCGAAAGAUGAAAAGAACAGUGUUAUGUAUAUGUAGCAAUGUACUAAAGUGUACACGAACAAUACGCUGAACACUUGUUCUUCUGCAUUUCUGCUGUGUGUAAAAGUUUGUAUUAUCCAACACGAAAAUCCAUUGAUACAAGAAAAAGGAGAGGCACCGAAUGAUGAAUCUCA